AUGCGAUAUCACGUGCCCUGCUAUUUUCUGUUUUCCACCAUCAACCUGGGCCACGCACGGACCACGGCGGGGAUGGACCGUCUGCUGCAGACCAACCGCGAGAAGUCGGAGCUGUUGGAUGUGCAAUACACCGAGACUCUCCAGGACAUCCUCAAGCUGCAGGAGACGCUUAUUGACGACAUCCUGCCCUCGGUCGCGGACGAGCUGGAACUAGCGGAUGAUGCGGUGGAGUGGGCGCGGGAGUGGCUGAGCGAUACGUCAUCCGUCUUCCGAAUCAUGCGUCGCAACAAGUUUACGCGCUCCUUUGCGAUGGAAUCGGUCCGCAAGACGCUGGUGUGGCGGUUCAGCCACCUGUGGCCGCCGGAGAGGCCACCACAUAUGCCGCUGAUGCAGUGUCUGCCCCCGCCCGCGACGGACCCGUUCGGCCGGCCGGUGCUCAUCAUCAAAGUGGUCUCCUUCAACGACUCCUCCGACGCGUACAAGCCGCUGCUGCUUCGUGCCCUUGAAAGACUACGGUUGCAUCUCAUACAACUAAACGAGGACAGCCCAAAACAGACACCCGUCCUCCAAUACGUCAUUCUCCUCGACCUAAAAGACCUCUCGACGCAGAGUCUAAACAUCGACCUCGUUACCUGGACCCUCCGCGAGGCGGUCCCCCAUUUUCCUGGCAUGCUAGCUGCGGCGUUCAUGAUAAACUACUCGUGGGCCCAUGCCGGGCUAUGGAGCAUCGCGAAGCGCGUCAUGCCCGCGCCGGCCCUCGCGCGCAUAUUUUUCCCGACGCAGAAGGAGGUGACGGAGUACUUUACACCAGCGAUGCUGCCUCAGGAGUAUGGCGGAACGCUAGCGCCGCUGACAGCCCUCCCUGAUCCGCUGCGGGACAUCGCCGAUUCCGACUCGCAGCCCGGAAAGGGGCCGACGCCGUCGCAACCGCCCAACGGCCAUUCAACAUCUGUGCCCGAGGUCCCGCUGGAAGAAGAAGAAAAUGCACGUGCUUUGGUUCCUCCUAGGCCUGUCACCGUCCUCCAGCCGACGUCGCUUCUGAACCCGUUCUUUGGCUACCCCGUUUCGUCGACGGGAGCGCUGCACCAUGGUCGCCGGCGGAAGCGCGAUCUCGCGCGGACCCUGCUCGUGCUCGCCUGGCGCCGGUGGAAGCACCAUGUUCUCGCCUUCUUGUCGCUCGUCAUGGCCGUGCUGGCGAUAAGGCGGAGACGGUCGCUGCAGGCUUUCGCGGGGCGCCUCAAGUUGGGCAGGGCCUGA